AUGUCCGUCUCUCUGCUGAUCGGCGCAGCUUCUGCGCAGCCUCUCGUUCUCGCCUCGCUGCUAUCCAUUCCUUUCUUUCCCGCCAGAGCUGCCGCUCAGAGCCUGCCCAGCGACCCGCGCUACGAGUACUUCCUCUCCAUCUUCGAGGCCGCAAACCAGACCGUGUCCAUCAAUGCUCGCGUUCCCGAUGGCUACGACUCCCCUCCCUGGUACCCUGCGCCGUAUGGCGGCUGGACUGAGGAUUGGAGCGCGAGCUAUGCGAAGGCCGCCGAGCUUGUCUCCAACAUGACGCUCGCCGAGAAGACGAACAUCACGGUUGGAACUGGCUACUUUAUGGGCCGCUGCGUUGGUAACACGGGCAGCGCUCCCCGCGUGGGGUUCCCGCAGCUCUGCCUGCAGGACUCAGCCCUUGGAGUCAAGGGCACCGAGAACAACACGGCUUUCCCCCCUGGCAUCACUGUCGGCGCCACUUGGAACAAGAAGCUGAUGUAUGCCCGCGGAGAGGCCAUCGGUGAGGAGUUCCGCGGCAAGGGCGUCAAUGUGCAUCUUGGCCCGACCGUUGGACCCUUGGGUCGCAAGCCCCGUGGUGGCCGCAACUGGGAGGGCUUCGGCGCCGAUCCCGUCCUGCAGGCCAUUGGUGGUGCCGAGACCAUCAAGGCCGUGCAGGCCCAGGGUGUCAUGGCUACCAUCAAGCACUUGAUCGGAAACGAGCAGGAGUCUUACCGCAUGUACAACCCUUUCCAGGAAGGCAUCAGUGCUAACAUCGAUGACCGCACCAUGCACGAGCUGUACCUCUGGCCCUUUGCCGAGGGUGUUCGUGCUGGCGUCGUCUCCGUCAUGGGUGCCUACAACGCCGUCAACGGCUCGGCGGCUACCCAGAACAGCUACCUUAUCAACAACCUCUUGAAGGACGAGCUUGGUUUCCAGGGUUUCAUCAUGAGCGAUUGGCUUGCCCAGAUUUCCGGCGUUGGCGCUGCCUUGGCCGGUCUUGACAUGAGCAUGCCCGGCGACCCGACCAUUCCCCUGUUCGGAAACUCUUGGUGGGCUUUCCAUCUCACCGAGGCCGUUCUCAACGGCUCCGUGCCCGUCGACAGAUUGAACGACAUGGCCACUCGCAUCGUUGCUUCCUGGUACCAGAUGGGCCAGGACCAGGACUACCCGGACCCGAACUUCUCCACCUGGACCGACAACGCCGAAGGCCUCUUUUACCCUGGAGCCCUGAUCUCCCCGUCGGGCGUUGUCAACGAGUUUGUCGACGUUCAGGGCGACCACGCUGCCAUCGUCAGGACCAUCUCGACCGAGGCUGUCACCCUGCUCAAGAACGAAAACGCCACAUUGCCGCUCAAGGAGAGCACGCCAUUGAAGGUCUUUGGAACUGCUGCGGAGAAGAACCCCGAUGGAAUCAACUCCUGCUCGGAUAAGGCUUGCAACAAGGGUACCCUCGGCAUGGGCUGGGGCUCUGGUACUGCCAACUUCCCCUAUCUCGAUUCUCCUAUGGAUGCGUUCAACGCAAGGGCCAGCAAUGUUACUUUCUACAACACCGACAGCUUUCCGUCCAGUGCUGUUGCCAACGACGGAGACGUCGCCGUGGUUUUUAUUACUUCGGACUCCGGUGAGAACUACCUGUCGGUGGAGGGCAAUCCCGGAGAUCGGACGGCGUCGGGCUUGAACGCAUGGCACAAUGGCGACGAACUUGUCCAGAAGGCGGCCGAAAAGUACGACACGGUCAUCGUCGUCGUCCAGACGGUUGGCCCCAUCCUGGUCGAGGAAUGGAUCGACCUGCCCUCGGUCAAGGCUGUCCUUUUCCAGCACCUGCCGGGACAGGAAGCGGGUGAAUCUCUCACCAGCGUCUUGUAUGGCGACGAGUCCCCGAGCGGCCACCUGCCGUACAGCAUUGUCAAGAAGGAAGACGACCUCCCCGAGAGCCUCGACAUUGUCGGCUUCCAACUCGGCCAGCCGCAAGACACCUUCUCCGAGGGCCUCUACAUCGACUACCGUUACCUGAACAAGCAAAAGAUCUCGCCUCGUUACCCCUUCGGCCACGGCCUCAGCUACACCAGCUUCGACUACUCGGCCACCAUCUCGGCCGGCAUCGAACUCAGCUCGGCGCCGCCCACGCGCCCGGCCAAGGGCAGCACGCCAUCAUACUCGACCGAAAUCCCGCAGCCCAGCGAGGCCGUGGCGCCCGAGGGCUUCGACAAGGUGUGGCGCUACAUCUACUCGUGGCUGUCCGAGUCGGAGGCCAACGCGGCGUACGAGAAGCGCAACUCGUCCGACUACCCCUACCCGGAGGGCUACUCGACCGAGCAGAAGCCGGGCGUCCCCGCGGGCGGCGCGCAGGGUGGCAACCCGGCGCUGUGGGACACGGCCUUCGACGUCUCCGUCACCGUCACCAACACGGGCAACGCCCCCGGCAAGGCCGUCGCACAGCUGUACGUGCAGUUCCCCGACGCCAUCUCGUACGACACGCCCGUCAUCCAGCUGAGGGACUUUGGCAAGACAGCGACGCUGCAGCCGGGAGAGAGCGAGACGCUCGCCCUGACGCUGACGCGCAAGGACAUCAGCGUCUGGGACGUCGUCAGCCAGAACUGGGUCGUGCCUGACGUCGCUGGAGAGUACAAGUUCUGGGUCGGAGAGAGCUCGGGUGCCCUGGGCGUCGCGUGUUCGAGUACCGGAUUGACCUGUGAGAGCGGGUUGGAUAGCCCGGUCGCUUGA